AUGCCGCUCCGUACCACUGUGAUCGGCUGCUACCCGAAACCAGACUAUCUAGAAAUACCAACUUGGUUCAAGCCUAAUUUCGACUUAAGCCCAGCUCAUUACUCCGAAUACUGCAGGAAGAUGCCUAGUGAUGAAUUGGAAAAACUGGUGAAGAAAGCAACGAAAGAUGUGAUAAAGGAGCAAAUCGAAAUGGGUAUUGACGUAAUCUCCGACGGCGAAAUGAGAAGAGAUAAUUACGUAUAUUAUUUCUGUCGACACGUCAAUGGAUUUGAUUUCAAGAAUCCAGUUGUGAAACCCAUCCGCAAUGGGGCGUGCGAAAUUCAUAUGCCUCGAAUUAUUGGUAAAAUUGGACAAUGCAGUGAAGACGAUUGGGUUGCCAAAGAAUGGAGACUAUCCCAGGAUAUGUCACGUGUUCCCGUGAAGUACACCGUACCAGGUCCGAUGACGAUCAUCGACUCAACACACAACGAAUAUUACAGGAAUGAAGAGUUGAGUGAAGAUUUAAUAAAAGUAAUCAACAAACAGAUUUUAGGACUGGCAAAAGCAGUUGCAAUUGAAGAUGCUCAUCGACACAAUGACCUAACCCUCCUUAAGCACUUUAAGAAAUCGCAAGUUGUUCUGGGAGUCGUUGCCGUAGCUAGAAGUCGUGUGGAGACUGCGGAAGAGAUACGUAGUAGAUUGUCUGAGGCAUUGAAGUACAUUCCCGCUGAGCGAUUACUGGUGGCGCCUGACUGUGGACUGGGGUUUCUACCGCAUGGCAUUCUUAAACAAAAGUUACAGAAUAUGGUGAAAGCUGCCAAGUCUUUACCGUGA